GUCGUCUCGGACUUUAUCUAGAAAAAAUAUGACAAAUGGCAAAUUGAAAAGCUGUAAAAUUAUAGUCUUCAGAAAUGGACUUUCUAACAGAAGUCUCAACAUUUACCUAUGAAGCUGGACCUGUGACGUAUGAUGAAUUCCCACCAACAGAAGAACCUGUAUACCUAAUGGGAACCCCAUACAGUACUCUAUAUGAUUUAAAUGAGUUAAAACUUGAUUUCUUGUCAAGAAUUUGGUUAACAUACAGGAAAAACUUUCCAGCCAUAGGUGGAACUGGACCAACAUUAGACACAGGAUGGGGUUGUAUGUUGAGAUGUGGUCAGAUGAUGCUAGCCCAAGCUUUAUUAAAUAGACAUUGUGGUAGAGAUUGGAGAUGGACAAGAAAAAUAUAUGAUGAAAAAUAUAGAAAAGUUUUGGAAAUGUUUCUGGAUAAAAAGAAUGCAUACUAUUCAAUUCAUCAAAUAGCUUCCAUGGGUGUAUCUGAAGGUAAAAAUAUUGGUCAGUGGUUUGGUCCAAAUACAGUGGCACAAGUUUUAAAAAAAUUAGUGGUGUUUGAUGAAUGGAGUUCAUUGGUGAUACAUGUUGCUAUGGACAACACUGUUAUAGAACAUGAUAUAAAAUGUUUAUGUAAACCUGGUUAUGAGAAGACAACCUGUGAUAUAUUAGGAAUGAACAGUAUGAAAGCUGGUGCUACAGGCUGUAGUAGUCGUGCAAAACCACAAGAAAAAAAUAAAUCUAGUCAUGUUGAUCCUACAAAAUGGAAACCUUUAUUAUUGAUUCUACCUUUACGACUUGGUUUAACAGAUAUUAAUGCUGUUUAUAUAGAAAGUUUAAAGAAAUGUUUAAGUUUUACCCACUCUGUAGGUAUAAUUGGAGGCAAACCAAACCAGGCUCAUUGGUUUGUAGGUUAUGUAGGAGACAAGUUGAUUUACUUAGAUCCACACACUACACAAGUAUCUGUAGAUCUAAGUGAACACUUAAGUAAUGAUGACAGCUUCCAUUGCCCUCACCCUUGUAUGAUGAAUAUUUUAGAACUGGAUCCUUCAAUAGCAGUUGGAUUUUACUGUGGAACAGAAUCGGAAUUUGAUGAUUUAUGUACAACUAUAAGAAAGUUUAUAACAUGUGAAAGUCGAACACCAAUGUUUGAAUUGUACAAAGACAGACCACCGCACUGGCCACCAUAUGAACCAUAUAGUGGAAAAUUUCCUUCUUCUUCUGAAUUUGCUGUAUUGGAUGGCACAGGUUGUGAAACAGAUGAUGAAUUUGAGCUGAUAGGUUGAUGAUAAUGUCUGUGAUAUGUUAUAUUAGGACAUAAUGAGACUAUGUGUUCAAUGUUCUCAACAACAGAUAAGAACAAGUUUUCGUGAUUUUGCCCUCAAGCAGCAUCCAUGAUGUUUCAUAUUUUACUGAUUGAAAGUUGUUACAGAUUAUUAUUUUUCAUAUUUACAUUCAACUUUAAUUUAUUUUUUAAACCAUGAUUGUAUAAUUUUAUACUCAGUUGUGAAUAUUUCAUGUUUUCGAGAGUUUGUCAGCUUUAAAAUUCUUUUUUGAUUUGUCCAUGUCUGUUUAUUUUACCACAAGUUUUUUUUAAAUGAAAUUUUCAUCCUUUAGCAAAAUAAAAUGUAUUAAUAGUGAACAGAGUAAGUGUUUAAUCCUAUUACUCUUAAAUUGUCUUUAAUCAGUCCUGGAAUUUGGACAAACAAAAUAAAGAAAUAAGGUAAAGGAUGCUAAUCAUCAAGAUAAAAAUGCUCAAAACAAAGCAUAAAACAAACUCAAGCAUAUAAUAAAAAAACAGUUAUUGAUAUACAUAUUAAGACUUUCAAAUUGUUCCCAAGUUUGCCAAUAGUUUGGUUAACCCCAAACUUUAUUUCAGAUGAAAUUAUUUAGAUGAAAAUUAUGGGUAUACUUUUAUGUUUAAUGUUUGAAUCUCACAUAUGCUUUGAAAAAAAAUAUAUAAAAAGUAAAUAUUGUUACUGUUAUAGAUGUGAAACAGUUGAAUAUAUCUAACUAUUUAAGAAAUAGAUCAUACAGAAUUUUGUGAAAAAAAGGAAUUUUAGGUCUAGGUGUUUGAAAUUAGUUCUGUGGUCCACCUGUUGUUUUGUCUUUCAAGUAAGUUCAAGUAUAUUGAUAAUCUGUAGUUAUUAUCAUUAGCUCACCUGGUGUAGUUGUUAUCAUUACCUGACCUUGCCUAUUUAACUUUCAAAUCAUUAGAGCUGGUGCUUCUAUACUAUGAUAAGGAGAUAAAAAAAACACACUUUAUAUCAUCCCUUUUAAUAUUGGGUAUGUGCAUGUAUGAUGAGUAUGUAAGAUUACAUAUUUGUUUUGUUCCAGUUGAACUUCUUGUCACACAACAAUAGCAGAUGUGUUAAGUAAUUGUGUAAUGAAUAAUUCCAUUUUUGUCUAGCCUUCGACUUUUGUCGAAAAAGCGAGACAUAGCGAUCCUACAUUCCUUAGGCGUCGUCCACAAAUAUUCACUCUGUGGUUAAAGUUUUUGAAAUUUUAAUAACUUUCUUAAACUAUCCUCGAUUUCUACCAAACUUGGACAGAGGCUUGUUUAUGAUCAUAAGAUAGUAUCCAGAAGUAAAUUUUGUAAAAAUAAAAAUCCUGUUUUUCCAUAUUUUACUUAUAAAUGGACUUAGUUUUUCUGCCAGUUAACAUUACAUUCACUCUGUGGUUAAUGUUUUUAAAAUUUUAAUAACUUUCUUAAACUAUCCAGGAAUUUUACCAAACUUGGACAGAAGCUUGUUUAUGAUCAAAAACUAGUAUCUAGAAGGAAAUUUUGUAAAAAUUUAUUUCCUGUUUUUCCGUAUAUUACUUAUAAAUGGACUUAGUUUUUCUUCCAGUUAAUAUUACAUACAGUCUGCAGUUAAAGUUUUUAAAACAUUUAUUAAAUUCAUAAACCAUCCUGGAUUUUUACCAAACUUGGACAGAAGCUUCUUUCAAUCAAAAGAUAGUAUCAAGAGGAAAAUUUUUAAUAAUUUUUUCCCCAUUUUUGUUGACAUAGUGAUCCUACAUUCCGUCGUCGUCUGAAUUAAGGGAUAAAUCAUCAAACAAUGUAAAAAUUAUCUUCUUUAUCAUUUGUUCAUUCAAUAAAUUUAUGUUUCAACUCUUUUAUAAAUCUAUAGAUUUGAUUGCAUACUGUAUUCAUUUUUACGAGCAUAACUUUUUUCAUACAUUUCAAACGUUUUAUUUCAUUAACUGUAAAUCUAUUAUGUGCAUUCCCCUAUCACACUGAAAACAUAGAUAGCAGCAAAAGUAGGCGAGACACUGGGUUCCGCGGAACCCUUACAAAUUUUCAUUCUUGUAGACCUUCUUGUUACCAAGGAACAGGUCACAUUUCAGAAACUGACAAAUUUUCAAUAAUAGAGAUUCCAAGCACACUGGUCAAUUCUUUGUCAGGAUAAAAUUCAGUAAAGAUAUAUUGUUUCUGUAUGAGUAAUAGAUGAAAAUGAUGUUUGUUUAUAGAGUUUAACAAAAAUUUUAUGAAAACUUAUCAACGAAAUAAUCAUUGCAUAAAAGAUUAAACUAUUUUUGUUUUAUUUAUUUAUUUAAUUAUUUAUGCAUAACACCUUCUAUUUGUAUUUUAAAGAAGAAAAAAAAAAGAUUAUAUGAUAGCUCUUAUUUCCUUUUUUUCUUUUCAUUAUGACUAUUUAUCAGAAUAUUUUUCAAGUAACCAAAGUGAACAGCAUCCUAGUUAGAAUAUGCCCAACAAUGAACAAAUCAUCUUGUUUGUCACUAAUAUUUGAACUAAUGAUAGGAUUAGUUUAAAAAACAUUUUUUCCAAUGUAUGUCAAAACAUGAAAAAGAAAUGUGUCACUUUUUUACAGAAUUUGAAGAAAACAGUCAUUUUAUAUUUAUCCAAUGUGAAAUAUAGAGGAACUAACUAACAAUACUUAACAGUUGACAGUUUGAUAUUAAUUCCUAUGUAAAUGUAUAAACUGUAAUAUAAUUUAUUUCACAAUUAAGUAACAUCUGCAAGUCAGUAUUCAUAAGUAAUUAUGAAUAUUAGGUAUAGUAUGUAUAGUGUAUACCAAUAUAAAUAUAAUUGAUAUUUCAUUUAGGAUAAUUGGUUUUUUUUUAAUACCAAAUCAAUAAAAAAAUAGCAGCAUUUUUUUUUUUUUAAGUGAAUAAAGAAACAUUAAUUUGUUUAAGCGGAUAAAGAAACACAACAGUAUAACAUAAUUAGAACUUCCUUGGUUUGGGUUAGUCCAUUUAUAAGUACUGCUUAAUGUUCAACUCAUAUGUUCAGUAUUGCAGAGAAAAAGAAACCAUUCAAAAUUGAUAUACUAAAUGUUAUAUGUGAAACGGUACCAGAGCUGUUGUUUCAUGAAUUUUAACAUUACACCUAACAACUAUAUGCUGAGUGCAAUAGCAUUUGUUUUAUUUCUACAGAAAUUCUGCAUUGUUUUAUAUAUUAACUUGAAGGAUAUGUCUUUUUCUUUUUCAAAGAUUUAUAAGUAUUACUGUAUAAAUAUUAUACCUUAUGUAAAUCAGUUCCCAUUUAUUCUCAUAUACUUUUAUUUCCAUUUUAAGUCUUCACUACCUUUUAAUAUUAACCUUUUACCAGUCUUAUGCAUUACAGUGUAUAUAAACUCAGUCUGUGCCAAAAACUUUUUUACCUACUAGCAGGAAAGCACAUUUCAAGAAAAUACUAUUAUCUGUCUUACCAAUUUUUUUUAAAUAUUCACUAGCCCGAACCAAUUUUUACUAGUUAUGGGCUUAGGGAUAAUAUUUUUUUGCACAGACUGUUUAAAACCUAUUGUUUAACCAGUGCAAUUUUUAUUUCCAUUUAAUAUGGAGGAUACUUUGUAACUUCGUCUGCUGCAUUGUCUUCUGUUUCACAUGCUUUUGUCUCUGUACACUUAGUAAGUGUUUAACAAAGUAAUUCUCAGACAACCAUUUAUGUAUUAUAUUUAACAUUGAUCUUUUACUUUUAGUACAAAGAUUGAUUAUUGAUUAAUGUCUGCUUUUCCCAAGAGCAAACUUUUGAAAACAUUUUUUUUUCAUUUAUCAGUAUUUCACUAUUAAUUUUUUUGCAGUUUACAUUUAGAUACAGUGUAAGGUUAAAGUUUUCCAAACAUCAAAAACUUUUUCAAAUCUUCUUGGAAUUUUAUGAAAAGUUGGUCAAAAACUUUCUUAUUAUCAAAAGAAAGUAUACAGGGCAAACAUUUUUUUUCUCCAUAUUUAACUGAUUAAAGGACUUGUUUAUUUUUGCUGUUAACAUUGAAAUACAGUCUGGAAUUUAAUUUAUUAGACAUCAACUUUGUCAAACCUUCAUGGAAUGUUAUGAAACUUGGACAGAAGCUUCUUCCAGAUCAAGAAAGAGGUUUUAUUUAUUUUUUAUUUUCUUCUGUAUUUUACUGAUCAAUCGACUUAGUCUUUGGCUGUCAACAUUACACUAUUAUUCUGACAGUAGCAAUAGCAGGCAAGACACAGGUUCUGUGGAAACCUUUACAAAUAUUUAUUGUCAUUUGUUAUAUUCAUUUUUAUUUAUAUACUUCAAAGGAGAAAGUAUAAGGGCCACUUAUGUUUGACCGUUUGAGUUACAAAAUUACAAGUUACUUAUAACAUCCUUCAUGUUUUCACAAGACAUUAGUUUGUUGAUACAUUUGAAUGUUGCUUAACAUAUUUGUCUUAUACUCUUCUUGCAUUCAAAGAAAACCUUUAGAAAUAACCAUAAUUGCCUCAUUUUGAGAGUUCUACGUUAACAUUAGUAUGAUCAACAGCCCUAAACAAAAAGAUAUUUGAUUCAUCUGAUCUUUUUGUUUGUUUAAAGUUAAAGUGUGGCAAAAUCUCAAUUUGGGUUAAGCUGUUUCUAAUAUUUCAUAGUACCAAAAACUAUUAAGUAGAUUCCAUUUUUGAGUCAAAUAUAUCAAUUAUGAUCAUCUUUAUGGUGUCACAGUGACAUCACAAAUGACAUUUCUGCACUUUAAAGGUGACCACCUAUGUCAUCCUAUUCAUUUAGUGAUAUAGUUGACAUAUUUUUUAAAUGAUUGAAUAAUUUUACUUUUUUUGCCAUUUCAGUCAUAUUUCUUAUAAUAUCUCCUUCUUUCUUGUGAUUGGUAUAUGUUGUGAAUAUUUUGUUAUAUAUUUACUUUCAAAUAUUACUUUUUCUCA